AUUAAAAUUUAUUUUAGAUGGGACAAAGAUGGUAGACUCCUUUCUUAUUGGAAAAGCCAUAUUAAAGUUUGACCGUUCAUUUGCCUCGAUAUCAGAUACGAAUCCACAUCUCGAGGCGCGCUUGUGGUCUUUAUUCCUUCCUAAGGCCUUGGCGUUCCUUGCAAGAGAGGAGCAAAGGAAGAGUGGGAUGGGGUCGGUGGCGAAGAAUGGGUGGAUCUCGCCGGCGUUUCCAGCUCUCUUCGGAGACGAGGGCUCGUUCAAGGAGAAGCAUCUUCGCUCUCUAGUAAUGGCGUCCCCGAGAAAUCCUCUGAAGCAUGGCAUUCUUUGCAAGAUCUCUGGCAGCGGAACAAUGGGAGAGAAUACCCAUGGAAAAGUUCAGGUGAGUGUCUCUAAUGGAAGGAAGAUCGAGGACUACAACACCGCCAUGAAGAGGAUGAUGAGGAAUCCUUAUGAAUACCAUCAUGAUCUCGGCAUGAACUAUACCAUCAUAAGUGACAAUUUAAUCGUGGGAUCCCAACCUCAGAAGCCUGAAGAUGUUGAAUAUCUGAAGGAGGAAGAGAAAGUGGCAUAUAUACUCUGCUUGCAACAGGAUAAAGACAUAGAGUACUGGGGGAUUGAUAUCCAAGCUAUUGUUGGGAAAUGCAAAGAACUCGGUAUUCUCCACAUGAGAAGGCCUGCAAGGGAUUUUGAUCCUGAUUCUCUGCGAAGCCAAUUACCAAAAGCAGUUUCAUUAUUAGAGUGGGCUAUGUCAGAGGGGAAAAGAAGGGUUUAUGUUCACUGUUCUGCUGGUCUGGGCAGGGCCCCUGCAGUUGCUAUCGCGUACAUGUUUUGGUUCUGUGACAUGGAUCUGAAUGCAGCAUAUAAUGCACUCACUUCAAAAAGGCCCUGUGGGCCAAAUAAGAGAGCUAUUCAAGGGGCUACAUAUGAUCUGGCAAAGAAUGAUCCAUGGAAAGAACCUUUUGAGAACCUUCCAGAGCAUGCUUUUCAAGGCGUUGCAGAUUGGGAAAGAAAGUUAAUUCAAGAACGAGUUCGUGGGCUUCGUGGUAUUUGAUUAUUUGAUCUUCAAGCUCCCAAUUCUGUGGCUAGUAAGCCUCCUUGCUCUUUCAUUAGAAUGGAAUUUGUUGCUUUUACAUAUUUACAAACUUUAUACAGAAAAUGCUGUUGUAAUAAUAUUCUGUCAUGAUGAAUUUGCUGCUUCCAUAUAACUGGAAGAUUGAAUGUGGCGAAAAUCAAAUAAUAUGUAUGAUGGAUUUCAUCUGAAGCAUCGUAACUGGAACAUGAACCAAUCAAUAAUUAAUGAAGCAAGUCUGAUGACUGCUUAUUUA